AAUAUGGCGUCGUCAACAACAAAGAGUUGGGUUUUGAAUAUUCUCAAUAUAAACCAAGAAAAACUAGAAAUACCUUCAGUUCUUGGCCGUGUAUUUAGAAAUUUAUAUUAAAUUUAUACUCAGGCAGUAAUUUUGGGUAUGACUAAGGGUAACAAGGGGAAAAAUCGAGGAAACACGAAGGACCAAAUUGAAAGAAAGCGAGAUGAACGAGCGAGGAGAAAUGCAUUGAGAAAAGAGAGGGAAGCAAAAGAAUACCUCGAAAAUGAUGAGAACUUUGUUUCGUUUUCUAACCAGCUACAAGCUUUGGGGUAUAAGAUUAAGGAUAUCAAAGGAGAUGGUAACUGCCUGUUUCGAGCUCUUGCAGACCAAUUGGAUGGCACGGACGAUGGCCAUUUAAGAUAUCGAAGAAUCAUUGCAAAAUAUCUCGCAGAUCAUAGAGAAGAGUAUGAACCUUUUGUAGAAGACAACAAAACAUUUGAUGAGCAUGUUCGAGAACUCAACAAGGCAGGAACAUUUGGUGGGAAUGAUUCGAUCGUCGCGUUUUCACGAUGUUACGGUCUUAAUAUUGUUAUUCAUCAACUCAAUGAGCGAUGUUGGGUCAUUCACGGUGAAGAAUAUAAGAAACCAGGAGAUCCUUUCAGAGAAUUGCACAUCUCGUAUCAUAAUGGUGAUCAUUAUUCGUCAGUUCGUAGAAUUUCCGAUCCCGAUGACGGUCCUGCAUGGCUGUUUAAUAACCAGCAUAAGGUCACAAAAGAGGCUGUUGGGUCAGUUGGUGAUAAGGCAAAACGUCCCAAUAAACAGAAAACAAAGAAUGUCAAUACGGCCGUUUACGACGAGGCUACGGCUGUAGACGGAACAAGCGACAUUGCUAUCAUACAAGCAGCUACAGGUUGCCAGGAUUUAGAAUUGAUUCAACAGACAUUACUAGAGAGUGACAGUGAUCUGGACAGUACAAUAAGUUAUAUUUUACAACUACAGUCGCUUAACACUGUAGAAGUACCGACAGAGGGCCUCGCUGCGGCGUCUAAUUUUGAAAAUGAUGUUGAAAACCAAGAAACCAAUGAACAGAAUACAUCAGUUCUGAACAAGGAAAAAAUGGAAGCGAUUGAAAGUCCUCCAGGCACGAUCAACGUCGCUGAUCAAGAACUCUUGGAAAAAAUGGCCAAAGGUGGAGCCAUACCCAAGACGAAACAAGCGACAUCCAACAGCCGCAAACGAAAACAUCUUGCGAAACAGGAAAAAAAAGCAAGAAGAAUGGAAGAAAAACGGCAAGAAAUUAAAAAUAAAAAAAGCGAACAAAAAACCCAAAAUAUAGUUAGUGACAAUACCACCGUGACUGAUUUUUUAGAUCUACAAGCACUCGCUAUAUGACACAACAUAUUCGUGAAGGUCUUAUAUUUUCACGUAGGGAUAUACAUUCAUGAGAUGAAUUAAAUUUACUGUACAAAUUGAUAAAUAUCAUCAUUAAAGUGUU